AUGUCUGAACCGCAGUCGUCUGCUCUGCGCAUUGUUCCCGGUGCGCCCCCGCCCGCUCCCCAAUCCAAGUUACAGAAGAAAAAACGCAAGGCGACGAAAGCAAAAUCAGCAGAGCCAAGUGUCGUCGAUGAAUCCAUGCCGGACGUCAUAACUCCUGAGGCAGCACCGAUAGAGUCCGGCGUGAAGGAGAGUGUUGCUGCGGUGGAGCUUGUUGCCCAGCAAGAUGAAGCUCAGACCCCGGUGGAGGAAGGUUCUCAAAAGCCAAGUCCUAUAAUUGAAAUGCUCAGCAAGCGGCUGAAAGCAAUUCAAAAGAAAAUAACGAGGAUUGAGAUUUAUUCGUCGGAGCCACCUGAAAAACUGAAUGACGAUCAGAAGCGCCUACUCAAAACGCUUCCUGGCCUUGAAGCAGUGCGUAAAGAACUCGAGGAAGUCAAGAAGGCAAUCUCGGUUCAUGAAGCAGAGGUUGCGCAGGAAUACGCAGUAAAACAAGCGGAAGCCAUCGAAGCUGAACGGCAGAGGCUGCUUGAAGCAGUGGUCGAAGCGGAGGUUGCUCAACGGCGAAAAUCUGCUAACAUGCUGCACUUAUUGCGUUUGCGAGAUAGGAUGGCUUCUGGAAAUCCUGCGGUGAUGGCCUUAGAUUUGGAUGGACCCGAAGGCGCUGCCAUUUAUUCUGCAGCCGACACCUUAGUCGGGGAUGACAGUGACAGCAGAAUGGAUUUUAUCAGUGGCUUUUUAUCUGGGGAGGGGGUCUAUCGUGAUGUCCCAUAUUCCCGCCUUCACGACAUCGUACAGCUGUUCUUAAGUCUUCUCCCGGUGAUAACGCCUGUUGAGGAGGUUCAGGAUACUGACACGGUGGACCGUGUGAUCGAAGAAACUAGUCAAGUUGACGUCGGUGUUACGGGCCUCCCUCCAGUUCUAGCUAGCUCGGGCAGUUUCCACUUCAUGCAGGAGGAUGAACUUGAAUCUCAAACACCAGAAUCUGAUAGUGCUGAACGGCCUCAAAGAGAUGAUUUGGACAGUCAAUUGUCGGCCGAACCUUCUACCGAAGUAGAGAUCGUUGAAGCUCUGGUCGAGACGGAAGCAAAUAGUCAGCGUAUUGUGCAAGAAGCGGUCAGUGUGACGACAAUUACUGAGGCCAUUGAGUCUGUGGGGGAUGGCGCCAUCAAUUGGGCAGACGAAGACGAAGGAGGAUUGCCUUCAAUUGGCAGUCUUCAUGCAGAAUUCGGAAAGCCAGAUAUUUCUGUGCCCAACAGUUCGGUACCUUCAACGCCAGUUGCUAAUGGAGCGCGUUUGAAUGGGCAGCACGCAAUUGCCCGCGACGACGAUGGAUUCUCUCACGCACGGGGUCGUGGGCGGGGGAGAGGUGGCUUCCGGGUGGCUAUCGCGGAGACAGGGGAGGUCAUCGUGGGAAGUCGAAUGGUGAAUGGAGGGGUGGGGAAGGUGAGCAUCGCGGUAGGGGGGGAAGAGGUCGUGGUCGAGGAUUCCACGAGGCUCGUGGAGGGUCCACUCCUGCUACUCCCGCAUAGGCGAGGAUAA